UCAGCCACAAAGUACCAGUAAUGGGUACACAAUUUUCUGCAGUGUCCACUUAACUCAUUUAGAAAUCUGAAAUCCACCCCCAACCUUAUAGAGGCAGCCCCCACAACCGCUUCAAUUCCCACAAUGCAAAAGACAUGCAUUUUCCUUAGCCAUGACCAACAUUCAAACGUUUAGCGGCAGCACACUGCCUCAGAGCUCCGUCUUCUUCAUUCCCUCCCCACUGCUGUGUCUGUUUUUUCUUUUUAGCACCAAAUGUUGUCUUCAACUGCCCGUACUUCCGAAGAAACUAGCUUGAACAAAACCAUAAACCUUAACAGAGUCUCAUCUUCGUCCUCUAAAUCACUUUCAUCCACAUCUUCUUCUUCAACGCCUUCGCCAUUUUCACCCUCAUCCUUCUGCCAAACUGCAAGAUUAAACCCCAAAACCAUGGAAGAGGUCUGGAAGGACAUCAAUCUGGCUUCCCUUCAAGACCAAGAAACCACCCCAAGAUUCCACCAACGUCCUCACUCAACCUCCAACUUCCGCAACGUUAUCCUCCAGGACUUCCUUGCUCGACCUUUUAGCAAAGACCCACCUCCCAGCAUGGUCUCUACAGCUACAGAGACCUCUCUCUACGGCUCCGCAUCUUUGGUUCCGCCUCCGGCCACGGUUUUGAGCUUGAACUCGGGUUCUGAAUUUCAUUUUCUGGAUAACACGGACCCACUAAUGAGGCCUGACUCUCAUUUACUGUCGCAUCCCAUCUCUAAUGUCUCUUCUUUCAGUAGCAGAUUUGAGGCUUUGGCAUCCACUACUGGCGUGCCUUCUUUUGGGCAGAAGAGGGUUCAGGAAUCUGAUAGUAGCUCGGGGGAUCGGCGGCAUAAGCGUAUGAUCAAGAACCGAGAGUCGGCCGCUCGAUCGAGAGCUAGAAAACAGGCCUACACAAACGAGUUGGAACUUGAAGUUGCUCACUUGAUGGAAGAGAAUGCAAGACUCAAGAAACAGCAAGAGCAGUUAAGAUUGGCUGCAGCUACCCAGCUUCGCAAAAAGAACUCGCUCCAGCGAACGUUAACGGCUCCAUUUUGAGAACACACUCGGUGCUUUCCUUUUAACAAGUCCCUCUCUUUUGCAUCCGCGCUGACCCUUGUUUGCUAGAGAGAAUAGAGAGUAGUAUCUAAGGGUUUUUAAUUCUUUUCUUCUGCUGGCUGUUCCUCUACUCAAUACCGUAGUGGUUUAAGGAAAGAAUGGAUGUAUGAAAAUAGUGUCUAAUUUUGAAUUCCUAACAAGAAGGAACUUUGUUUCGUUUGUUUA